AUGAGAUUCUUUCUUCUCAUAUCUUGCGUUCUUCUGUGUUUGAAUGUCGUCUUUGGAAGAGUUGCACGCGAUGAACAAUCCGUUUGGGAGUAUCAACAACUGCUUCAGGAGCUGCAAGACACAAUUCAACAAGAUCCAGUUGUUACAAAUUGUCCUCUUGAAAACACUGGAUUUCAGUUGAUAAAGCUCGCUGUUUCAACAUCAGAACGUCCCGGCAUCUACAGUUAUGCGGAAAAGAUUUGUUUGGAACACGCUCGUGAAUGUUCAGAUGCAUGGCAAAUCGAAAAGGUUCUUCAUAAGGAGAUGAUUUACACACAAGGCGAACAAAGCACGAUGGAAGCUGAAUCUUCAAUGGAUUGCUAUCGCAAAUGUGUUUCAAAUGAAGAAUUUAAGUGUCGUUCAGCAGUUUGGAUUCAAAAAACGAAAACAUGUACAAUUUCUAUUCAUAAUCGUGCAACGUUAAAUGGCAUUUCCAUCCUUACUCCAAACAUCGAUGCUCAAUAUAUGGAAAAUUCAUGUUUUGAAGAGACUAAAAGACGAUGCACAUUUGAACCUUUGAUGAAAAAAAUGGUAAAUUAUAUCGACACGACAAUUUCUGAAGUACGAAAUCACAUGGAGUGCAGACAAUUGUGUUUGGGAGCAAAUUAUCCUUGUCGCUCAUACUCAUACAAUCCGGAUAAGGUUUCUUGUUAUUUGAGUCAUCAUUCUUCGUCGACAGUCUCUCGUCGAUUGGCAUACAAGCCUGCGGGUAUAAAUAUAGAGACUUUUGAGCUUGUUGCUUGUUAUGAUUUGCAACUUGCUUGUAAAGCAGAUCGAUUUGUAGCUGAUAUCACAACAACAAGACUUUUCAAUGGCAAAGUUUACAUCAAAAAUUUAGAAGAUGAAUGCGUUAAUGAUGUCAAUAACACAUUAGCAUUCAGUUUCGAGGUAAAAUAUGAAGAUGAAAAGUGUCAUGCCAAACAACUCGAUAAAGGAUUCUUUUUAAUCGACUUUGUAAUUCAAUAUUUCGAUCAUAUUGUAACUUUCAACGAUAUUUGGCUCUCAACAACUUGUCAAUACGACGUGCGAGACCAAACGCUCAUCAAUGACGGGGAUUUGGGCGUUUACGAUAUCAAACCAACAGAUUACGAUGACAUGCUCGCGUCAUUGCCUCAAAUAGAUCUUGCUGUUGUUUAUCCCAACGGAAGUUACAUCACGGAAACAUCAAAUGUCGGUCAAUUAUUGAUUUUGCGUUUUGAACCUUUGGAAAAAACUGCUUUUGGAUUUAUCGUUAAAAGCUUAAUUGCGACAGAUGCACGUGAUAACAACAAUGAAGUCGUUCUCCUUGAAGAUGGAUGUCCUGUUCCUCCGUAUUUAGUUUCUGCUCCUUAUCGAAACGCCUCAAAUGUGCAAGUUGACUUCAAGGCAUUCAAAUACACGAAAUCCAAAUUUGUGAGAUUUACAGCUGUUGUUGGAGCUUGUGAUGAAGAUUGCAAUCCUAUCGCUUGUAAAAUGCCGGAUGAUGAUAUCGCGGGAAAUAAUGAAAAUGCGUCAGUUGUUCAAAUUAAUACAUCUAUUGGACAAGGCACGAAACAAGAAGAUGAAGAGAUGAAUAAUGUCUUACCUGAAAAAAUUGUUCAAUCGAAAACUUUUGAAUUUGUAGAAGAUGCUGAAGAAGAAGAUGGAUUUGGAAAGUUGAGAAAAGCGAGAUCUUUAAAGGAAGUUGAAAAAACAGAAGAUGUACAAAAAUUUAAAGAAAUGGUUUAUGUUGGAAUUGUACUUACAGUUUUGUUAGCUGUCGUUAUUGUUUUUGUAUGGACCGCAUAUGCGAUUUCAAAACGACGAUCAUCAAAAGUUUUUGUUGCUUUAUAA